AUGGUAGUCGGCGGAAUAAAGGUGUGAGUUUCUUUGUUUUUAAUGGCCCAAAGAAUUAUGAUUAUGAAUGGAUCUAAAAGAAAAACUGUUUACUUACAACGGCCAGAAAAUUUGAUAUUGGCUUGAAAAACUUUGAAAAUUGUUCCAGAGAGGAAGGUGAAAGGAAAGAAAUCACAUACACUGGUCCCUCCACAUCUUCGCAUUUCAUUCUUAUGCCCACUUAAGCAGGGACCCAGUUUGGCUUCGAAUAGUACUUGCACUUGGGUCUUAAUUUUUGUCUAAUUCUUUUUUAGUCAAAUUGGCAUAUGCGCUUCCUCUCGAAGCAAAACAGGACUUGCGCCGAAACUUGGUUUCCACAGUAGGGGUAGAAAGUAACGAUUUUAAGAUUUAUUUGGGGCUGGGCAUUUGUAAAGCUGCUUUUGUUGUUUGGCAAUGCUUUCUGAGACUCUACUUUUGAAAACGCAGGAGUCAAGGUUUUCUCAUGGAGUUAUCAGGAAAUUCAGGUUCCUCUUUUAAUCAGCACAAGGAUGCUUCUGAAAAUGGUUUGCUUCCAAUAAAAAAUGAAAUGUUUUCAUUUGGGGAUGGUGAAGUUAGUUCUCCAAAUCUAAAAACUAUCCAAUUUAUUGCACCAUCUUCUUCAGCAGGACUCGAAGCGCCAGCUUCUGAUAAUUGUAUUGAGGCCCAAGAUGAACGGGGAAAUCUGACAAGUCCUGCCCAAGAAAUCUUCGAUUCAUCCAGAGAGAUUGAGGAAACCGACAAUCGAAUAUUGACUAGCUCAUUGGAGGAACUGAAUACUUCAGUUCUCGUUAGAGGGAAGCAGAUAGCUUCAGCUGAUUAUAAUGAAAAUGGCGCUUGUUGCGAUAAGGAUAUUCUUAGAAACGAUGAUAUGCUGAGUGGUGAAUAUGGAGGUCAAGAAUUUGGUGAAGAAGAGAUCAAAUCAGAGGCUUCAUCAUGUAAUGAUAAGGGUUUUACCAAUGCUUGCGAGUCUGUGGGGCAGGAUGGAUUUGGGUCACAUUCGAGAAUGGAGAUAUUUGACCGUGGAGUGGGUCCUGCUCAGGAGGCAGUAGUAGAACCCAAGACGGCUAGCGUGGCGAAUUUAGAUUCUACUCCUACCGAUAAGUUUUCAAGUUCCCGUCUAAGGAAUAGUACUAUGAACUAUGUGCGCGAGGGCACAAAGUUUGCAGCUCUGUUAGUGGAGAAUCUGCUUCAACUGCUCAGUAUAUUAAAGGGUUGGGCUUCUCAAGCAUUGGUGAAACCAAGAGUUAUUCCCACUUUGAUAGAUAUGGACAAGAAUGGAGCUGACAAAUUUGCUUCUGGAAUUGCAAGCAACAUCAAGGCACAACAUGAAAGAGGAAAUAUUUAUACUGAAGACCUAGUAGGAGCUAUUGGUUUUCAUUUUGGCAUGUCUGUAGCAACUGUUCUGGCUGAGAUUCUGGCAAGCAAUUAUUGUUUGAAACAGAACUUCUCAGCAGAAGAGAUAUCAGAGCUUUUGGGUUUUGCAAUAAAGGAAUCUCUAAACAAGGAUUUGGGCAGUCAGUGCAAUCAUCUUGUAAGGGACUUUAAAGCAGCAUUCACAAGCACUUACAAGACAAUCACAAUGGUCAAGCAAGCACAUUAUGAGAAAAAAAUGACGUCUUGUACCUCAGGAAAGAAUACAUUAAUUUCAGAUGGCCGGAUGCCUGGUUCAGCUACAGAAGGUUCUGCUAAGAAUACACUAGUAGAAGAUGCAGAUACCUUGGAAAACCCAGAAGGAAAAUUCAGAGAGAAUACAGAUUGCAAGUGGCUUUUUAAACAAACUUCUGGCAGUUUGGGUUCUGAACAGGGGAAUGGAAUGAAAGGUGGAGUUCAGCAGUUUCACAAACUGAGAUUUACAAAAUCUGAUGUGCAGAUUACUUCAAAUGAUAAGGAUGCCCUUCCUAAAGAAAAAUAUAGAGUAAAUUGUCAAGAAUGUAGCUGUAUAACGGAGAGUGCCAAAGUCAAAGACCAGAAUAAUUUCACUUGCCAAACAAAUCAGUGUCUUGGAAAUGUUUCACCAUCUCAUUUUGGAAUGGAUGUUGUCAAUAAUGAAAUUGAAGAACUUAGUCAAAAACUGGAAAAUUUGAUGUUUGAUUCUACAGAAUGUAAAGAUUUUCCCAUGGGAAAUAUCCCUUCUGUUGCAACUGAUUCAACGGCUUGCACAGGUGCAAAUAUUGAAAAGAAAAAUUCUGAUUUAGAAAGUGCAAUAAAUGAAAAUGGCAUGCCAUCCAGCAUGUCAAGUGCUAGUCUUAAUCAGCAGAUUGUUUUAAAUGGACAAUUUGAGAGACAGCCAAGGAACACCACAAGCAGCAUAGUGCCUCUUCCUGAGUGGACUCAUUCAAAUUCUAAUGUGUUUGAGAAAUCUCUUAUGGAACAGGAACGGUGUAAUAAACUAAGAGAAGUUGAGAUUGCACUAACACUGAGGCGUUUGCGUCUCAAGGAAGAAAAGAUGUAUGUGGAUGCAGAGUCAAAUAAAUUAAAGAGGCAAAGUAUAGCUAUCAACCAGUCCAAAGCAUCAUUCAGUGAGAGCAAAUUCAUUGAUAAAAAAAUGAAUAGUGCAUAUGUAGAUCUGAAUAGAACAUGUGCUGACCAUUUGGUGGCUGGUUUGAUGCUAAUGCUACUUGCUCUUGCAUAUGGUAGCUGGAAGUACUCACAUGUAAAUAUUUCACAGGCAGUUCAGGUGUGUCAUUCAAAGGAAUCACAGAAAUCUUCAUGGUUCUACAACCCUGUAAAUUCGGUGAUGGCACACAUUCAAACUCUUAUAUGUGAGAUUAUUGUGAUUGGGCGCAUAUUGGUUGGUUUGGCAGUUAUUGCACUUUUUGCUUCUUCUCUACUACACCGCACAGUUUCAAGUUCCAGUCAGAGUAUGCCCACAAGCAUAAUCUUGAUUGUUCUGGGACUAGUAUGCGGAUAUGCUGGUAAGUUAUCUGUAGAUAGCUUGGGUGGAAAUGGAUUCUACUGGGUAGUACAGUGGGAAGUUCUUUGUUUAUUGCAUGCCUUUUCUGCGUACUCUCCAGCAUCUGUGCUCCGUGUUCUGAAUGGCCCUCCAUCCACCAAUGAGGAGGUCAAGGAAAAGCUACAUCUGUUUCCCCUGCCUCUUCGAAAAUUUAUUUUUCAUGCCCUUCUCUUUGUUCUUCCGGUGAUGGCUGGUCUAACACCCUUUGCAUCUGUAAGGGAAUGGAAAAACCAUUUUUCUCUAGUUAUAUAUGAUAAUAUUUUGGUACCUGCAAGGACAGUUGUUAGAGACAGUCUUGAGCAGUUCCUUGGUGUUUGAUUCUGGAGUAUAUUUUUCCCGUUUUACCCUAUGGAAUUUUGCAUAUCCGAGCAAUCGUUAAAGCUGACUCAAAAGUUAUAUUUGGCUGAAAACGGAGGUGAAUAGCAGAGUUCUUUCUGAGUUAUUCUCAUGAUAUUGUUUCUUUAAAAUUUUAGAUUGGUCUGAAUGCUAUAUAAUCUUGUAUUUGGUAGUCAGUAUUUAUGGUGAACAUAAGGAAAAUGACCAUGUAUUUGUAUAUUAUAAAGUGAGAAAAGCUAAUGUAUAUCUUCUCCGACUUCUGGUGGAUAAAUUUUGGAUCAUGAAUAUCCUUUUUUACAAGAUAAUAGCAGCUUCUAAAUAUUAUUACUA